AUGGCCACCGCCCAGAUGCCUUCCGACAUCCCCAAACCGUCUUUCGCAAAGAUCGCUGCUUCAGCAUCUAAGGACAAUCUUCCUGUUACUACUGUGCGAAGAGUUGCCGCGCCAUCCCACGGCCGCCCCGAACAAGCUGUGCAGACAGGCUCCGCCACAAUGCCCGCACCUGUUAUUGCAAACGGGGCUGAUAGCCGCUCGCCUGCUGCCAUGGAUUCCACGAAAUCCACCUCAACUGAUAUAAUGCGUGAGACGGCUUUGCCUACGAAACCUGACACGAGCGAUCUCGUUGUUGAUGGACUGAAAGAUUUGAACAUUGGAGCGCGAACGCCGAGUCUUGUCGUCAACGGGACAGGGUCCACGUUUACCGAGAGAUCAAAGUCCGUAACUAAGGAUGGGUCAGAUGACUCUCAGAGAGCUGAUUCCAGUUCGGAGCUCGGCACGAAACCCCCCAGUUUAGAUGGAAAGAGUAUCACUUCAGGAACAACCUUUGCACUGGAUGAGAAGGAGUCUCUUCGGCCAGACGACAGCGCCAGCGUGAAAGCUGCAGCUGCUGAGGAUGACGACUCGUUUUCGUUUCGAGGGCCAAAUCUACCCAAUUCCAGAAUGGGCUCCGAUAUUGCUGCACGUGCUAGGGGCAUUAUCCAACUUGGUGACAUGCCCGACCGCCGUCUUGCUCAACCAAUUUCCGGAACCCUGAGCCAGGGUAUGAUUACGCCUCAGAGCGCGUCUUCGGACCAACAACAGCCAUCCGCAAACGCUCUGUCGGCCAAUUUGCCAGACUCUGCCAAUCUCUUAAACACUAUCUACGGACAGGCGCCGGAUGAGAAGCUCCUGGAGGCGAUGGCGUCUCCAAAAGAUCGACUCUUCUUAUUGCGAUUGGAGUCAGAACUUAUUAAGUUCGUGCAGAAUUCCAAGGAGCCAUACAUGGAUUUUCCUCCUUCCAACUCAUUCUGCAGAAUGUUGACCCAUAAACUGGCUGACUAUUAUCGAAUGACACAUCAGUACGAAGCACGAAUUGGAUCUGUUCGAAUUUUCAGAACUCCCUAUGCCCGAGUUCCUGAAUCACUUGCUAGCAUCGCGGCUCCAGAAACCAGUGCUGAGACCCCCCCACCGCCUGCUGUUCUUCCCCGAAAGAUUAUGCGACGCGGUGAGGAUGGAGAGUUCGCCACUGCCAGCGCCUCUCCCUCGAAACCUACUUCAGAAACAGGAAGCGAUUCUAAGGACAAAAACUUGGCUGCGAAUCAGAAGUUGUCAAGAGAACAGCGCGAGGAGGCUUAUAAGCAAGCUAGAGAGAGAAUUUUCGGUAAUUCUGAGAAGACUGGCGAGUCAACACCAGGUAAGUACUUGUGGCAUAAUUACUCAGAAUAUGUCAUUGACGGUGAUCACAGACAACGAGGGGGAGAAUGGCAUCUCGCGAGCCAGCUCUGUCUCAGCAAGGGAGAAAUCCAACGCAGGGAAAAGAGGCAAGACCGGAAAACAGAGGCGCGAUGA